UGAAACCAAAGGUUCUAGCAUUCUCAUUCUUAUCAGGGUGUUCUGGAAAGUAACCACAGAGGACCAUUUCUCUGACCUUCGCCCAGUUGCUUAAGAAAGCUCCUUAGUGAUGGAGGAGACAGUUGCAGUAGGGGCCCCCAGAGCAGACAGGAUAUCUGCACUGAAUGCCAUGCCCCGUCAGAAGCCCAGAAUCUUGAGCCCAGUCUGGGGACUUUCAGAAUCCCCAAGCCGCCAACGCCGUCACACACUCCCGGCCAGUGAGUUCCGAUGUCUCUCACCAGAAGAUGCCAUCGGUGUGUUUGAGAUUGAGCGAGAAGCUUUCAUCUCUGUGUCUGGCAACUGUCCCCUGUACAUAGAUGAGAUCCAGCACUUCCUGACCCUGUGCCCAGAGAUGUCCCUGGGCUGGUUUGAGGAAGGUCGGCUUGUAGCCUUCAUCAUUGGCUCCCUCUGGGACCAGGACAGACUGACGCAGGAGUCUUUGACAUUACAUCGGCCCAGAGGCCACACUGCCCACAUCCACGCACUCGCAGUACACCACACCUUUCGCCAGCAAGGCAAAGGCUCCAUCUUGUUGUGGCGCUACCUGCAACACUUAUGCCACCAGUCGUCUGUUCGCCGGGCUGUGCUCAUGUGUGAGGACUUCUUGGUGCCCUUCUAUCAGAAAUGCGGCUUCCAGAUAGUAGGGCCGUGUGCAGUCAGGGUGGGCACCCUAUCCUUCACGGAACUCCAGUGCCCAGUGCAAGGUUAUGCCUUCCUUCGAAGAAACAGUGGUUGCUAAGUCUUUUCCUCCCUUUCCUCCAGUACUUUCCCCUUCCCUCUGAAGCACAGAGUCCUCCUAGAUCCUGGUAAGGGCAUAAAGACCCUCUGGUGACUGGGAAGAAGUGAUCUUAAGGGCCACUGCUGCCAUGACCAUUACUCAGAUUUUAAUAGCAGCAAAGCCCAGCCACACAGGUCUAGAUUUCCUACCCUUUCCUCCAUCCCUCUCCAAGUCCCAUCCCAAUUUAGUUGAAUUGUUAAAAGAGACAUUAAAGGAAUUCUCCAUUGUCAGGGUGGGGCUUGGACUACACAAAGAUGGCAACCUCCCUUCUCCAAGGCCAGUCCAGUCCAGUCCAGGUUCAGAUGAGAGGCCAAUGGGAACAGUAGCAUAGAAGGGGUAGAUAGAUGGGAAGUUCUCUCCAAUAUUUGAAACUCUAUAUUCAAACAGAAUUUUCAUUUAGAAAAUGAGAAUGUUCUAUGUUCCAUGUGAGCGUUUCUUCUUCAACCCAGGGCACAAUCACAUAUCCCUGAGGGUUCCACCUUGCCCUUCCAACAGUGGGGAGGAGGGCUCUGCUAAGAAUGUUUUUUUUCCACCUCUAGGAAAGGCAAUGGGAUGGGGGAGAGACAGUUGGCCCCUCUAUGUCUCCCACUUCCUGGGAAUGGAAGGAAAUGCUGGCUGAGCUCAAAGGCAGCUUCCUGGUCAGGAAGGGACAACUUUCUUAUGUGCCAUGGCUGCUUCUAAAUCCCCCUGCAUAUGUGGGAGGAGGGGAAUGGAAAAAGAACAUUCCAUUCUUAAUUGGAACAGACCGGGAAGGACAACCUUUUUUCCCAUAACCUCCUCUCUUGGCAGUCAAAAGAGGGCUCCCCACAUGAACCCUACAACUUUCCCCAAACACAGAACUUUCCAGGUCCUCUUUCUAGCAAUGACCCCAUGAACUGCCUCAACUCCAAACUCUUCAACUCUCGAUUUAACUUCCUAGACAAAUUGGCUAAACUAAAGUGUCCUUCCUCUCCACCACCACCCCUCCCCCACCCAUACCCACUGUAUUGUAAAAUAAAGCCAUUAAGGCCCUAUCAA